AUGUCUGUCCUAUACGCGUGCACACCAUUACUGACCAGUUUAUGGCAACUAUACCUAAUUGCCUUCCUGUUCGGUGUCGGCUCCAGUAUUACUGUCAGCGGUUUUAUUGUCUGGACUAUUGAACUCUGGAAACACCGGAGCGCACCCGUACUACUAUUGAACUCAAUGGGUUUUGGCCUGGGAGCCAUCAUUAGUACAGCAAUUAUGUCAAUGUAUACAACUGGUAACAUUGAACCGGGCAAACCAUUAGUGCCGGUCGAUGUUAGACGAGAUAAACUAAUGGUGCCGUCAAUUGUGUUGUGCUCUACACUAGCAAUAGUUCCCAUCCUAUCAAUGAUUGGUUAUAUUUUUAAACCAUAUAAAAUAUCGGACACCAUUAGUAGUGUCGCAGACAACAGCAACACUGAUGUCGAUAGUGAUGCUGGUAUGGAAAUGCUAGAUAGCCAUAGACAACAACAACAUAAGCAACAAACAUCUGAUUUGAAAUUUUUUGACGACCCGCGCAGUCCGCGUAUAUUAAUGCGCGUAUUAUUUGCCCUAUGGUUUGGCGCUUAUACACUAAUGGAAGCAAUGUUUCGCAAGUAUGCCAUAACAUACUAUCAGUAUUCACCGCACAGACUAACGGCACCCAAAGCCGGACAAAUGUAUACGACUGCAACAGUGGUCUAUUCAGUGGCCCGUUUGGUCAACAUUGUGUUGGCCAUAUAUUUGUCCAUCAAUACCGUUGUCUGUAUACACUAUACAAUAUUGGUUGCCGGCAUAGUAUUGUUAAUUGUCGGUUACUGGCACCUAACGGUUCUCUGGAUAGCCAGUUGUGUACUGAUGGCCGGUUUUUCGCCACUGUUUGCCGGAUCGUUUGCAUUUACGGCCCAAUAUUUUACAGUAACCAACAAAAUGGGCAAUGCUUUCCUAUUUUCUAGGGCUUUACUAACCUUGAUCUCACCCUAUAUUAUCGGCCAGUUUAUCGAUGGCUAUCCGUUUAUAUUUUUUAGUUAA